AUGAGUAUGGUUGGAGAGCUAAGUUACUUCCUUGGCCUUCAAGUAAAGCAAAGUGAUUAUGGGUUGUUUAACUCUCAAUCAAAGUAUGCCAAAGACCUAGUUAAGCGAUUUGGACUGGAUAGUAAAAAAUACACAAGGACACCUAUGAGCACAAGUGCUAAGUUAGGUCAUGAUCCUAUAGGUAGAAGUGUUGAUCAGACAUUGUAUAGGAGUAUGAUAGGUAGCUUACUCUACCUUACAGCCAGUAGACCUGACAUAGCUUUCAGUGUUGGCGUGUGUGUGAGAUUUCAAGCAGAUCCUAAGGAAUCCCAUUUUAGUACAGUGAGACGUAUCAUUAGGUAUGUGAAUGGGACUAUAAAUCAUGGGAUCUUAUUUUCUAGAGAGUCAAAUCUUGAACUCGCCGACUAUUCUGAUGCCGAUUGGGCUGGAAAUGCCGAUGAUAGGAAGAGUACCUCGGGUGGAUGCUUCUAUGUUGAUUCUAAUCUUGUGUCAUGGAUGAGUAAGAAACAAAAAUCAGUUUCUCUGUCUAUAGCCGAGACAGAAUACAUUGCAGUCGAUAGCUGCUGCACUCAAUUGCUUUGGAUGAAGCAAAUGUUGAGUGAUUAUGGGAUAAAUCAGGGCACCAUAACCGUGUUUUGUGAUAACACCAGCGCUAUCAACAUCUCCAAAAAUCCUAUUCAAUAUUCUAGGACUAAACAUAUUGAUAUUCGUCAUCACUUCAUCCGUGAACUUGUUGAGUCCAAUCCCAAUCUGCUAUCCAAUACAGCCUCCUGGUUUUUAGCUGAUUGUAUCACCAAGUGGAAUUCCAAGAACCUCCUAUUCUUGUCCAGUUCCUACGCUUGUCGUCCACCUCUCUCAAUCCUCCAAUGA